UUUCGUUUUCCCUCCAUCUGUUCAAAACUUUGGCUCCACUGAGCACUUUCAUCCACAUUAUCUCUUCUCGGAGAUUGAGUGGGGGCAGGGGGAGAGAGGAGUCCAAUGGUCGGAGGCGAGAAUGAGAACGCGAAGACCAUUUGCUCAAUUUGCUUCGAAGAUCUUAAACCUAUUGUCGAAGAUCUCCAAUCGAUUUCUAUCUGUGGUCACGUCUUUCACGAGCUCUGUCUUCAGCAAUGGUUCGAAUAUUGCAAGAAUGGAAAGAAGACUUGUCCUGUAUGCAAACAGGCCUGUAAGGAGAAGAAUGUGGGUCGGCUUUAUUUUCAGUCAGUUGGUGAAACCACUGAAGCAAGCUUCACCCAGAAACUGCGUGACUGCGAGCAGAAUCCAGAAGAGUUGCGGAGAGAGGUCAAGAGAUUGCAGGGGAGAGUUUUCGGACUGGAUUCUGCUCUGGAGAAACACCAGAAAGAUCUCAAAGAUAUUACUGAAGAGCUGUUAGCAUGCAAGGAACAGGUCAAGAUUGAAGUGACUCUGAAAAAUGAGGCUCUGAAACAGAGUGGUAUGGCUCAGAACUUGCUUUAUGUGAAAUCUAAGGACCUGGAAAGGUCAAAUUCAGAAUGCACAAGGCUGCAGGAAAGGAACCUCUCACUGGCCAAGGAACUUGCAGCACUCAAGUUGGUCUGUGAUUUGAACUUGGAGGAAGAAGAUGUCCUAAAGUUUGCUUCAUUAGGUAAUGAGGCCAACAGUAAAGAGACAAUUGAUGUCUUGAAAAGGUCAUUGGUCAUCCGUAACAAGAGUUACAAAGAAUUGAUGGUGAAGUGCAAUUCUCUUGGAAGAGGAGAAGCGCGUUGUCUUAGUAAACUUGAGAAGGCCAAAGCCAAGAUAAAUAAACUGAAAGCAAGGGUUCAGGAACUCGAGACAGCUGUCGAAGCAAAAGAAAAUGAAGCGUUGAGAACUUUAAGGACUUCCAAGAGGACUUUUGAGGUAGAUGCAGCUGAUGCUUUUGGUGCAGAACCCAAAUUUAAGAGGUGCUCAUAUGAGGAUCAAAAUAAGCGGCAUCUUGAGUCAAGGGUUGAUUUGGAUCAAGGCAAUAACAUCCAUACUGAUUUACUUUGUUCAAGAAAGAAGGAAAAAUUGAAAGUGAAGGAUAGUACAAGAAGAGUUCCAAGUGAAGAUACUGUUGCCUGCAGUCUGCAAGAGAAUCGGGAAUUUUCUUUUCUUAAAGAUAAAGAUAUACAUGAGACUUCUACUUGUGGAAAUGAAGGCCUGUACGAACACUUGAUGCCCACAACUAGUAACAAAACAACUCUCCUUGAUUGCCAUUUGUCAACAGUAAAUGCUUCCAUGAGGACAAUAAGUGGGAUUCAAGUGCCACAAGUAGAAAACAAGGAAGAAAUGCCAAGCUCAAGGAAUUCCAUUAAGAACAGUAAAUACAUAUUACCUGAAACAAAUGAUGCCAAUGAUGAUGAUUUGGUGCUUUUAGGUGACACAACUCUAGCUCAACCCUCUUUUCGCAAACGAAAAGAGACUCCGUCCAUCCUUGCCGGACCAGAUAUUUCACUAGCUGCAGAAAAGGAAGAAACUCCAAGCUCAAGGAGUUCUAAUAAGAACAAUAAUUACAUAUUACCUAAAACAAAUGGUGCCAAUGAUGAUGAUUUGGUGCUUUUAGGUGACACAAAUCUAGCUCAACCUGCAUUUCAUAUAAGAAAAGAGACUUCUUCGUCAAUCCUUGCUGAACCAGGGGACCGUUGCUUCUCUGGUGGGUUGCUAGGUCCUGAUGGAACCAAUUGGCACUUAGGGAAAUGGUGCAAGAAGGUACAGAACAAGGGAUCAACACCAGCGUUCCAAGGAUCCACUACUGUUGCUGGUGAUUUGAUUGCUGUUGGAGCAGAUGGUAGAGGUGGUAGGGUCAAAGUUCUACGAUCCUCGAACCACAAGACCUUGGAUAAUAACAAUGCAUCAGCUUCAGCUAAGAGAAUCAAGUAUGGAGUGAAAGCAAGUAGUAUGCAGUCUCAAGGGUGCUUGCAGAUAGAACACUUCUUUAGUAAGGCUGGCCAAUAAGUAUACUCUUAAUUCUUUACAGUAUGUGUCAAGUACUGUAAAACAUCUAUUUCUUAUUUAACUGCAUGGAACAUGCAACAGCAAUACCAGCCUUCAUGUAGAUUAGAGCAAGAGCUUUUAAGAUAAAAAAGCGGAUUUGUUUAUGUUGGAAGCAUUCACUGAAAUACUGAUAGCACUUUCAUAAAUUAAACAGAAUAAGCU